GUGAAGAACCUCGAAAGCAGAAGAUUCAAAACCCACCUGAAAUCAUCCCCCCUAUAUGCUCUAUAUACACAGCCACACAUUUGCAGUUUGAAGUUGGAAAAAAUGAAGAAAAAAAUGGAGAGAGAUGGUGAAGGAACAGUGAGCUCACCGACGCAGAGGGUUAGCGAUGGUCGUUCAAUUUCACCUACUAGAGUCCGACCCGGACCAGACCCAUUCCUAGUGACUUGUAGAUUAUUCAGCUUUGUUACUGCGUUAGCCGCUAUUCUCUGCAUUGCUGUUAAUGUUUACUCAGCCGUAAGAUCUUUUAAGAAUGGCUAUGACGUAUUUGAUGGAACUUUCCGCUGUUACGCGGUGGUGAUUGCGAUUAUUGUGGUUGUUGCUGAGACAGAGUGGGGAUUUUUCAUCAAGUUCUGGAAGGUGUUGGAGUUUUCAGCAGGAAGGGGCAUGCUACAGAUCUUUGUUGCCGUGAUGACCAGAGCUUACCCUGAAGAUUAUGGGCAUAGGAAUGAUCUCAUUCUUGUCCGGAACAUAGCUAGCUACUUGCUUCUUACCUGUGGUGCCAUUUACAUUAUAUCAGGAAUAUUGUGCUUUGGCUUUAUCAAACGUGCUCGCCAGGCGAAAGAAGUCUCCAGGGAGCAAGCCAUUAAGGAUCUGCAGGAUUUGGAGCGUCAAAGAGAAGAGCUUGAAGCAUUGUUGAUACAAGAGAGGGCUUGAUAACAUGGAGCUGAGAUUAUGGCAACAGCAAACCCAACAUUCGAAGUUGAGGAGAAAACUUGUAAAGUAAAGCUAAGGUCAAAUCAAGAAAUUUUAUGUUGUGUGUGUUUUACAUGCUAUGUUUCCAAUUUGAGAUUGAAAAUUUUCUCUGAUCUAUGUAUUGCAGAUCUGUACAGUUAUAUAGACCACUUUCCUCAUGGCAACUACUGUUAUAGACCAGUUGUCUAUUCCUUGUUAGUUUUUGAAUUUAGACAGUUAAAUCUAAGAAGCAGCGCCUGCUCAUAUUGUUUAAGUGUUAGAGCAGGACAAUAUACUCAACUAUUUAUUCAGUAGCCUUUACAAGAUAGCUUUUUAAUGGUGUU